AUGCUUUGCGCGCACCCAACAUGGCGGCGCCCAGCCCCAGCACGUCCGGACCGGCGCCCGCUUUCCCUUUCCCCUUCUCCGCCUCGACGGCCGGGGCUGAAAAACCCGCGGAGGGGCAGCCUUUGCCGGCCGCCGAGCCGAAGAAGAAGAAGCCGCCCUGUCGGGCCUGCACGGACUUCAGGAGUUGGAUACGGGAUCAGAGGAAGCAGUCGGACCUGGUGAGGGCUGGCAGUGGGGCUCCGGAAGGCCGCAGGGAGGGCGGGAGGAGGGAGCCGUGGCCCUUGGGAGCCCCGCGAGGACGCAAGGCAGGAACGGGCGGAGCUGGGCGAGUGCACUUGGGGAGGGGCCAGAGCAGCCGGUCCCCCGCUUGCCUUGGGACUAAGGGGCGUUAUGGAGUGGAGGGUGAGGGAGAAGCUCGAUGGCGCGAUAUUAUUUAAUUAUUACAUGUAUAGCCAUUGCUUCUUUUUUCUAAAAAAAAAAAAGUUUAGGGGUCCUCUCAUUUUCACUCAAGAACAUCACCAUUUUAUAGUUCAGAUCGGGAAAAAUAAAUGCAGCAAAUGGACAAAAGUACAAAGAUUCACGAAAUGUUUAGGGGUAUGUGUACUCCUGCAUACCCCCCCACAAGCACUGUGUGUCUCCCACCUUUCCCUAAGAAGUGCAAGGUGGUGUACAUGGCUCUCUGUCUCCCCAUUUUAUCCUCGCAACAACUGUAAAGGUUAGGCUGAGAAACAGUGACUAGACUAAGAUCACCCACUGAGCUUCAUAGUUGAGUGGGGAUUUGAACCCUGGUCUGCCACAUCUUAGUCUAACACUGUAACCGCUACACAACUUGCACAAUUCUUUAACAACUAUCUCAAGGUGAGACACACAAAAGGUAAUUAAAAUUACCAAACCAACAGAUACAUUUAGCACAAGACUAAAACCCUAGCAAGUGGGCACUUGCAGUAAAGACCCAUUGAUUCAGCUGGGAAAGCCUGUUGGAAAAAAAACUUCUUCAGUUGUUUCUGGAAACUGCAGGUGGCUCAUGGGGCAUUAUGGGAUGUAAGGAGAGGUGUGUCACAGGGUUGAACUUGCCCUUGGGACAGGGAGAGAGUGUUGUAAAAAGUAUAUAUAUGACCUGCCUUUUCCCGAUCAUUGUGUAAUGAAUCACGUGGGGCAGAGAUAUUCUCCUUCCUUGUUGAAUUUAUAGAGACAUGAGAAGCUGCCUUAUACUUGACUAUAAACUGCCUUGAGCAUUAAAAACGUUAGGUAUGACUGCUGACAGUAAAUAACUAAAAGAUUUCUGAUUCAGUUCCAAGAGUUUAACUCUCUGAGGUAUAUCCAACUAAGCUCUACUCAGAUAAGACCCACUGGAAUUAAAGAACCUAGGUUAGGCAUGCCCAUUAAUUUCUCUAUCUAGUUUUUUUACAGGGUCCAGUGGGACCAUGGGUUGAUCUUCCUUGUUCAAAGACCUGUUCCCAGAAGAUAUUUAAACCUGUGGAGCUCUCUUCAGGCCUCUAGGAAGUAGUGGAUCCAAUGCCUUUCUGCCCUGAGGAUGCAGUGGCUCUGUCUCAGGGUUCAAAAUUAGCAGGGCACCAGGCAUAUUUUGCACCUAAAGAUACUCCAUUUGCAAGCACCUCAAAAAAUUGGGUUCCAUUUUUUGCUCCUGGCUGACACUCAAGGUUUACUGAAACAUAUGUGCUUUGAAGCCUCAAAGUAUAUGUUAAGAAUAGAUAAUAUGUUAAGGAAUUUCACAGUAGAGUGUUUUGAAAACUGAAGUACGGUACCAAUAUUUUUAUUGUAAACACCAAAUUAAACAUGUAGUAACAAUGUCUGCUAAAAAUGUGGUAUUAACAAUAUGUCACAUGUGAAUUGCAUAUUAGUUCAUACUUAUCAAAAUAAUAAAAAGUGUUGCUAAUACCCCACCCCCCAGUGGUGCCUAGACAUUCUGUUUUGGUGCCCGCAACCCAAGUCCCAGAAGCCAUUUGGCUCUUAGCUUUUCUAUCCCAGUUUCUAACACUGCUCUGUCUCUGGAGUCCCAUAAAACUUGGUGGUAGGAGAUUCCUGCCAUUGUGGUUCCGCUUAUUGGUGCCCUGGCUCAGCUUGGGAGAGAUUCUUGGGGGGUAUAAGGAAGAUUUGGACAUAGCUUCUGUAGUUUUACUAAUUACAGUUGAAAACUAUGCAUACAAAUAUUGGUGAGGUGUUCUGUCUGUGCUGACAUCACAGCACAGACUGCUGUGCUGACAUCACAGUGUGACUUGGCACAGUAUGCUUUGCCCAACCUGGCUUAAUCCCCAAACUGACAGAGGACAGUUUGCAUAGGCGGUGGAAGGGGAAGCGAGCAGGGCCUUUGACGCAGCUGUGACUUACAAAUCUGCUUUAGAGUCACAGUGUGCAGGACUGUUCUGUGUUUUCUCUGGCUUGUUGCUGAUGAGUACAUGCUUUUUCCAAUCUAGGAAACAGGAGCCGCAGAGAAGGAGUUACCUCCUGAUUGCCCUUUAGAUAGAGAACAACUGGGGAGAAAUUCGUGGUCGUUUCUUCACACAAUGGCAGCGUUUUACCCUGAUCGGCCCACUAAAACUGAGCAGAAAGACAUGGUUCAGUUCAUCAACUUAUUUUCCAAGUUUUUCCCUUGUGACGAAUGUGCAGAGGACCUGAGAAGCAGGUGAGUGAACCAGCCAAGUAGGUCCCAUGCCUCACCUGCAAGAAGUGGCAUUUAGCGUCACAAUGGUAUUUCUGUUAACCGCAAUAGUAGGUACUAAGCACCCACCUUGAGGCUUGCUCUUGUUUCUGUAUAAGGUCCAAGUGAUGAGCCAUCUUAAAUCACUGGCAAUUCUGCCUGUAAUUUUCAAGCCUGCUCUCUUGAGAGUGUGAUGCCAUUCCCACACUUCCCAGGAAUUGAUUUGGGAUGAGAAUAUAAUCCAAUUUCACACCUGUUCUAACACUCUCUUAACUUCCCAACCCAGGAAUCUUGGUAUGAGGUGGAUUGUAGUAGAGGCUGGUCCAUCAGGGAAGAGAGGAACUGCCCUGCUAACCUCAGUCUGCCCUCUGCCAAUCUCCACCUGCCUACUUCCUUACUUACAACCAGUCUGGGAAGUGGCACUGCUUGCCAUCUUCCUCCUGCUCCUUAGUUUCAGUGUUGCCCCUUGCAAAACUUCAUAGAGAGGAGGAUGGGGACAGAACCAGAAGGAGUUGGCUGUACCUGUUAUAGGUUGUGGCUUCACCUACUGUUGGGUUCCUUGACUUGCACCCCACCAGUCCUUAGGGGGCACCAGCCACUUCUGGUGAAUGGGAAGUUAAAAAAAAUGCCAUUGGACUCUGUUUGGUUUUCCCUCAUACACAGAUUACGAAGAAACCAACCUGAUGCCAGCAACCGCCGUAAUUUGACACAGUGGUUCUGCCGGCUUCACAACGAGGUCAAUAAGAAGCUGGGGAAGCCCGAAUUUGACUGUUCCCUUAUAGAUGAGCGCUGGCGAGAUGGCUGGAAGGACGGGUCCUGCGAUUAGAUAUCCUAGCAAAUACAAAAUUGGUUCACCUUGAUUAAAAGAAGCUAGAAAGAACUAUGAAAUCAAGCCUUGUAUGGACUUUUGCUGAAGCGUACAAUUGAUCUUUGGUAUUGAGGUUGUGGUGAUACAGGAGGAGGAGGAGGUGCAGGUGUUAGAAUAGAUGUCCUGCCUGAUUGCUUCUGAUUCUGGAAAAAGUAACAAGAAGGUCCUGAAGUAAGCUAGUCUUAUGGGAAUUUUCUACCUGCUGGUUGUCUUUUCCAGACCACAUACUUACUAGCAAAUGCUGCCUUAAAUUUUUUUUAUCAGUACUUUCUUAAUGGUAGGAAAAAACAUUUAUCCAGCCACUGAACUACUAGGCUGGGGGGAAAAGUUUUAGAACUUUUUUUUGCCACCCCCAGUUCUGCAAUCUGCCUUCAUUUUGUUUGUCUUUAUGAUCAGAUUUUACGUUGUGUCUUUUUCCUUCCCUUAUCCUUGUAAUCUGGAAUGGUUUAAAAAUUAUUUUAAAGAGAGUACUAUUUAACCACUGUGGAGCUGCAGGGCUCUCUUCGUUCAAGGGAUACUAAAACCAUCCUUUUCCAACUUUUGGUGCCCUUCAGCUGUUUAGGACUACAACUUCCAGUGGUCUCAGCACAGCCAUUCUGACUGGUGCCAGUGGGAAUUGUAGUGCAAAACAGCUGAAGGGCACCAGGUUGGGGAAGGCUGCCUUAUGUUUUCCACAGGUUAAUUAAGGUACAAAGAAAUUUACAGAGUUGUAGAAUCCCAGUAACUUUGCUGAAGUCCUAAAGCAGGGAAAAUAAAGUAAUUUCUGAGUGCAAGUCUAGGUCUCACAUUUCAGCUUUGUCAACAGAUAUUUUUCUUUGAUUUCUAUCUGUCUGGCAAGAGGGUAAUAUAAAUGAAAGGAAUGAUUAAGCACAGGGAAAUUAGGAUUAUAUAUGUCAUGUAUUAAAAUAUAACUUGUGAGAGGUGGGGUUCAUGAAGGUCAUAUUAGCCCUACAGCACUGGGAAGAGUCACUGAGCUUCGUUUUUCAAGGAAGGUUUUAUUAACUCAUCAGAACUUUGUGUGCAGGAAGUCAGGCGUUCUGUGAAAUUAUAAUAAGAAAUAGUUGUGCACUGAGCAUAUGAAGGUAGAGAUGGACCAUUACGUCUUGUAGGAAUCCUUGUGUGAACAGCCUGUUGCCUGCAUUGGCAGUGGGUUGAAGACCUGGCAGUGAGUAUUUGACGAGAUCAUUGGCCCUUGCAAACACUUUACAUGGGUGGCAUUACUGGUCUUGCGCUGCAGAAAGUCCUGAGCUGUGAAUUGUACUACAUUUUGAUUUAGUGUAGAUUUUAACUUUUUACUCACAAGUGAAAUUUAGAUAACUUGCACUUAAGCAACAAUUAUGUGAAGCUGUUGGCCUGAUUUAGAUGUAACCAUGGUUUGUUUACAUAUACAAGCUGGGUCAAGCCAUGAGCUUGCGUGUUCCACCUCCUCUUCUUCCUUCAAGCACAACAGGAAGAUGUUUGAGCCUUCCAUUUUCUCAUUUUGUCCAAAUAUGGGAAAGUGGUUUGAAGAAACCAUGGUUCAGUGUUCCUGGUUUGUUAACUAUCAAAUAAUAGUUUUUAUAUCAUGGUUUGUUGUGGUUCUAGAUACGUACACUUGCCUCCUCAUACAUCAUGAGCAACUUUAAUAGCCAUGUAUAUAGAAACAUCUAUGAGUGAGUUUCAUCACUGGAAACAAACAGGUAGCUCUUGGGCACCUUAUUAACAAAACCUGCAUUCAUAUGACUGCAUAUGCCCUGCCCCAGUAAAUCUAAAUGUCCAAGCCAUUUUAUAUGAAAAGAGUCUAGUAAUACAGUGGUGCCUCGCAAGACGAAAUUAAUCCGUUCCGCGAGUCUCUUCGUCUUGCGGUUUUUUCGUCUUGCGAAGCAUGGCUAUUAGAAGCUUAGCGGCUAUUAGUGGCUUAGCGGCUAUUAACGGCUUAGCGGCUUUAAGAAAAAGGAAACAAACUCGCAAGAACUCGCAAGACGUUUCGUCUUGCGAAGCAAGCCCAUAGGGAAAUUCGUCUUGCAGAACGACUCAAAAAACAGAAAACACUUUCGUCUUGCGCGUUUUUCGUCUUGCGAGGCAUUCGUCUUGCGAGGUACCACUGUACCUUGCUCUACAAAUAGGUUGCCUUGUUUGUACUAGAUUUCCUGGUCUCCUGCUUUCAGGCUAACAUCACAAUAUAGAUCAAAAGACUUCUGGGCUUCAGCAUCCUUCGCCAAUCUGGUUCCCUCCUGGUAUUUUGCACUUACAACUCCCAUCAGUUCUGAGACUGAUGGGAGUUGUAGUCCAAAAUGGCUGUGCUGGCUGGGGCUGAUGGGAGUUGUCAAAAACACCAGGAAGGCACCAGGUUUAUGAUGGCUGGGCAAAGGGAUGCAAGGUUCUGGCCCGGAGGUGGGGCCUGUGCUUUGAAACACUCCUAAGAAGCCAGUGAAAUGGCAGUCCCUAAGCUGCCAGUGUUUCACCUUCAUCCACUGCAAGCCAGACUAGAAUCCUGCAAUUUACAGCAGGUGGACCAGGGAAAAUGGCAUGUGAGGUUAAUAGGCUCCAGCAUUUUAAAGCACUUUCACGGUACCUAGGCAAGAAGGUGGCAAUCCCAUGUGGUGGCUGUAUGGCUAAAGGUUUCGCUGAAGGAAAAGUGAUGUUUUGUAUCUUGACUGAAAAGUUGAGCUGCUCUAUAUAAUUUAUUUUGAGGCAUUUCUGUUUAUCGAUAAAGAAUGUCAAUUAUCUAAAUGCACUUGAUGAAGGCAGUUGGUAAAAUGUAUCUCAAAAAUGUAUUUAUUUCCUGGCUGGUGACCAAACAAUAAAGUUAAGUAUUUCCUUUA